CUUUCCGCUUCUCUGUUUCUCUCGGUCCACGCGUCCUUCCUUAAUUCAGUCCAAUGAGAGCCGCUCUUCGAUUCAUCGUACCCGUCGGUCGUAGAUCUGCUCGUCGAUCCCGAUACUCUUCUUCACGCAGGAUACUCUUUACCUUUUUUUUUCUCUCUCUCUUCCGCGCGCGAAUCGUCUUCCUCCACGAAUCGUCGACGGUUCGCCACAGUAGUAUCGUGUACCUCCGGCGCUGUCCACCUCCUCCCAGUCCCCGCGUCGCGACGCGCAUCGAUUCUAAGAUCGGAAUUUUACAAACCGGUUGGACAGACGCACGAACACGCGCGGACCCGAGGCAACCGUACGCGGACAAGCUCCUCCAGUCGUGGCUCAGAGAAAGUGUCGACCAGUGCAGCCGAGAGCAAGAGUGGAUCGUUACACGGAAGAUCGGUUAAAUCGUGUUGUUCGCCGGAAACAUCGUGGAUCGUACUCGUGGAAAUCCGACCACGUAUCAAAUCCGUAUACGAACGACCCUACGCAGAAGAAAAGAACGAAGCUGCUUCCACUUCUGUCGAAGCUUCAACCACGACCAUCGUGCUCGAGCGUAGAGAACAUGUUUUUCUCUUGUGCCAGUCGCAACGCGAACCGAUUACGCGUGCUUAAAAUAGUUGGCCGUGCAUAGGUAGACCCGCUGCUCGCUCGUUGGAACACGUUUCUGGACUGGACAGAGUACAGCUAUGACUAGUUGGAACGGAACGUUGGUCGCCGCUGUCACUGGGAUCUUACUUUUCUUGGCAAUUGCGAAACACUGCGAUGGAUGCAACGAAGCGAUCUGCGCCAGCGUUGUUAGCAAGUGUAUGCUCACGCAGAGCUGCAAAUGCGAUCUCGUUACCUGUACCUGCUGCAAAGAGUGUUUCUCCUGUCUUAGUUACCUCUACGACGAGUGCUGUUCGUGCGUAGAUCUCUGCCCGAAACCAAACAUCACGGACAAUCCGUUGAGCAAGAAGUCACACGUGGAGGACUUCAGCGAGCCAAUGCCAGGCUUGUUCCAGGCGCUGACCGCGGAACCAGACCCGCACGAACGCUGGUUCACAUUCACGUUUCCGGUGGAUUUCGACAUGUCUCUGUUCGCACCGAAACACGAGAAAGAAGUGAAAUACCACAUGCACUCUGCCGACGAAGAGAUACACCCGCUGAAACCGAACAUAAAGACAGUGAACUGCACCGUUGCAUUUAUGGCUGAAUGUAACUCGUGGAACAAGUGUCGGGCGUCUUGCCAGAGCAUGGGGGCUACCAGUUACAGAUGGUUCCACGACGGUUGUUGCGAGUGUAUAGGAGACACCUGCAUCAACUACGGAAUAAACGAAUCGAGAUGCAUGCGCUGUCCGCUGGACAUAGAGGAGGACGACGACGACUUGAAUCACUACGACGAUUACGGUCAGAACGAGGAUAAUCUGGCGGAUGAGGAGAUCGAUUAAUUUGUCAGUGGUUUUUCCCCGGAUUUGGAUGUCAUCGUUUCUUUCUUCAGGUGGACAUAUUAUAGUUACAUGAAGGGUGACUGCAGUCCCCAGUGACGAUUCUUUCCAGAACAGUUUACAACAGUGAACAGUCGUUUGUGCAUCGAAUCGUGUUCGCAUGCAAACACAGCUGAUUCCAUUUGACGAUCGUUUGGGGACGAUUUUCAAAAUAUACGAUAAACAACAGACUUAUUGUUAGCUCCCCUCGAAAGACAUUCGUUCAUUAGGAAACGUAAUUUACGUCAUUAUGGCUUAUGCUACAGCUAAAAGCUGUCGAUUUUUUAAAGGUACGUUUGAACUAAACGAACGCAAAAAGAAAAAAACGGGGGGAAAGGGAAACAGAUUUAAUGGCGUUUACAACUGACUGGUUUACAAUGUACCUUUAACGACGUAGCACAAGUUUAUUCUCCGUUUUUUUUAACUGUUAAAUGUGCUUGCAAGUAACUCUGUGGUUUAGUUUUCUGUGCCAUGUGAAUCAAGUUGUACAUGUAUCGAUUCAUUCAUAAUUAGUUGACGCGUACUCGAUAGAAAUCAUUGUCUAUGUCCCUCUAACGUUUAUUUUUCUACAGAUAUACUUGUUCAAAGAUCGUUUAACGAAUGUUACAAGAGCCAUGGAUUUCCACGAUAUUAACAAAAUAACGAGGGAUACGCACGUUAGAGAAACAGAGACAAUUUGUACGAUUGACGAUAUGCACAUGUGAAUAAUUAAAUUGUAGGAAAUGUAAUUUAUACGAUAUGGUUUAAUAUUGAUUAUACCAAUGUAUGAUAUUAAGAUAGUAUGGGGGAUCGAGUAGGAAAAUAUUCAAGUUUUUAAUGUUCGUUUCAUCUGGUUAUAUAUAAUAUAAAUAACAACAUAUUUGCAUAAUAUUGACAUACUGAAAAAUUGUAGAUUUCAAUUGAAGUUCGUAUCGUAUUGAACAGAACAGAAUCAUUGAAUAAGAGUGAAAUUCGAAAACGAAAUUUCCUUGGAAAGAUAUCGCUGAGCAAUUUUUCUUGAAUAUUAUUGAUUGAAUAAAGAGAAAAAAAAAAAAAAAAAAAAAAAAAA